AUGGCAGCCGUCCUCAAGGCCACUUACUGUGCUGAAGUCCGCCGCUGCCUGCUGGACAAGGGGGACCUGUGCUAUCAAGGCCUCACGCGCCGCGCCUCCGAACUCUUCCCGGACUUGCCUCAGUUCACGGCCAAGUACCUGGACGAGGAGGGUGACGUGUGCACCCUCUGCGAAGCAUCCUUUGCCGACUUUCUGGAGGUUUCCAAGACGAAAAGCACCACGGCCCUCCCCGGCAACAACUCCAAGAUCAUCCUGAAGUUGGAGCUCGAGGCACCGAAUGCACCGAAUGCACCGAAUGCACCGUGCACGGUGAGCACCGCGACACUUCCUAAGCCAGCCGCGGCAGUGGUCGAUGUGGACGCCAAGGUGCCGCAGGAUCCAGAGGAUCCGCAGGAGAGUGACCUGGAGAUCAUCUCUGUUUCCGGUGUCGCCACGAACGCGACCCCAGGCCCGCAGGAGCCGGACAUGGAAGUCGACGACUUCGUGGAAGUUAGCGCGGCCGACUCCUCUGUGGAUGAGAGCACGGGCCCAAAAGAAUCGGAGGGCCGUGAGCAGACCCAGACUACUUGUACAACGAUAAUAGGCCAGAUCCUGUCUCCCACAGUUCUGGCCAGUGUCGUGGUCUGCCACAUGCCACAGGCCGUGGCUUUGGUGGAAGAACACGAGGCCGAGGUCGGCCAGUGGGUGUGCAAGAGCAUCAGCCACGCCCCACUGAAGGAUGCCCUGCGCGACCUUCGCGACCUGCUGCCGCCCGGCCUUGGGCAUGUGGUGCCCCUCUUGGAUUCCUUUCUGGCCGAGGCGACGCCCGAUACCGCCGGGCAGCUGGUGUCGGCGCUGGUCACCGGCCUCCACCUGCUGCGCUUCGAAGAUCAGGUCAAGCUCUUGACUGCCUUCUUUGCAUCGCAGCACCGCGAGCUGAUCCAGCAACUGGAGACGAUGGACUCGUGCGGCAUGCUCGAAGGCGCGCUCACGCACCAGGCUAUCUGCGACGGCUGUGAUGCCGAGCCGCUGAAGGGUCCGCGGUUCAAGUGCACGAGCUGCCCCAAUUACGACCUGUGUGGCACCUGCUACGCGCGCAAGCACGGUGUCCAUGGGGCAGAGUGCUCAGAGCACGACUUCGAGUGCAUUGUGUCCGGACUUUUCCCAGUCAGCCUCGGCAGCCUUCUGUCCGGUCAGGCGAACCCAUGGCAAGGUGGAACAAUGAUCAUCCCUAGCUUGGUGCGCAGUCUUGUCCGACAGUGCCUCGCCAGAGCUGUCAACACAAACAAUGGGGGCAACGGCAGCAGCGGCGCCGAGUGCAGCACCGCUGGCAAUGCGAACCCUCUGGCAGGCCUGGCCGGGCUACUGGGUGGGCUGACAGGAUGCGCAGGUGUCCAACACCCCGCUCAGGAGAAUCCUCUAGCGGGCCUGGCCGGCUUGUUCGGUGGGGGCCAGAACCCGCGCGGCGAGAAUCCCUGGGCCGGGCUCGCAAGCUUGUUUGGUGGCAGGGCGUGUGUGAGGCCAAGCACGCCGCCCAUGCAGACCGACCCCCACGGCUUCCAGCCAUUCGGGACAUCUGCGCCUCCAACUGCCCAGGAGCCCUCUGCCCCUCCGAUGGAGCAGAGCAUGCAAGUUGAAACGCCAGCGCAAAAGGUGCCUGCCGCCGCCGCGUCCAUGUCCGCGGCCGAAGUGAUUCCAGAUGAAAAGAAGCUGACAGAGCCGGAGGCAGUGAAGAAGCAGCCAAACCAUGCCCGAUACGCCUUCCCUGUCGAGGUGGACGACGGUCGCAACCUCCAGAUCUCAUGGACUGCGGCCGACGAUCGCGAGCAGGUGGCCAGAGAUUUCAUUGCCCGCUAUCGCCUCCCGAGGGAUCAAGUGAAGGACAUCUUGGCCUUCAUGCAGCAUGCGGAGUCUCUCAGCGCAGCGAAUUGCAGCACGGCCACAUCGAGUUGGGAGGACGCUGCCGAGGCCUCCCCGACCUAUGCCGAGCAGAUCGCCCAACUUCAGGAGCAGGGCUUCACGGUGGAUGUGGAGGAGCUGCGGAACCUGCUGACCGCCUUUGGCGGCAGUGUGGACAGGGUGGUGGAAGCGCUUGUCCAGUGA